AACUUGACUGAUUUCCUAAGAGAUAGCUCGACGUCUUAAUUUCGAUCUUGUUCGCACACGAGAUGGAGCCUUACGUUGGCGUCUUGGUGGCUUUCCACGUGGUGCUGAUGGCGGUGGGUAUACCGGGAAACCUCCUCGUUUUUCUCGUCACGGCGAGUCGCACUCCAAAAAAGAGCGUUCACGUUUUCGUCAUCGCUCUCGCCGUCGCCGACCUCCUUGCCUGCUGCCUCAUGCCGUUCAGUAUCCAUUACUGGCUGACCUUCAACAAUCAACAAUCCAGCAUCUUAUGCAAAAUACACAUCUUCACCAACUUCGUCAGUGUUUUCACCUCCAUGUUCCUUACCACCGCUGUGGCCUUUGAUCGCUACUUCGCAGUUUGUUAUCCUCUGAAGACAUUCCUCAACUUACCACGAUCCUUCAAGGUCUGUGUAGGAUGUUUCGUGAAUGCCUUUGUCUGUAGCCUGCCAUCGGUGUUUGCUUUUGAUAUCCACAGCUAUGGGCCUUCGGUGUCUAACUGCACACCAACGGCCAACCAGUGGCUCAUAAAAGGCAUCUACGGCAUAAUUGCCUUCGCUUUUUUGCUGUCCACUGUUGUACUGAUCAUACUCUACCUGCAAAUGUGCAUCAUGAUUCGGCGCCAGGCCCAUUUCAGGGCCCGUGUGGCACCUGCUCCCAAUCCUGCACCCAUUCACGAAUCACCUUCUCCAAAUGAUAUUCAAACCAUAUCUGAUAAAGCCCCCGUGGCGAGCAGCUCGACCAACAGACCCAUCGAGGACUACAAGGUUCCAGAGUCAUCGUCCGUGCAUUGUUCACAUGGUCCCCACUUAGCAGUCCCUGUGACACAUGCAUGGUCCCAGAGUUCGCACAAAUCUGAACGGCCUCUCCCUGAGAAAACGGAGCGACAAAACCGCAACGCUGGUGUUGCUUGUGCCAUGGCUGAUGGCAUAAGGAAUAAGACAACGAAGAUGCUGAUUCUGUCUACUGUCGUCUUUAUCGCGUCCUGGCUACCGAACAUCCUCAUCAAAGCCAUUUCUACGACACAGUACCAAGGACUCUCCCAGUUCCAUCCUGCUAUACUCAUUACAACAAAAAGUUUAGAAUAUCUCUUCCUCAUUAAUCACGCAGUCAAUCCUUUCGUUUACAAUUUAGUCAACAAACGAUUUCAAGGGCUCUGUGCAGAGAAAAUCAACACACUUCGAAGAAAAUUCACUAAUUACAUGGGUUGAGGAAUACAAUUUAAAUUUGCAAGGAAAUUCAUUGGGACAUUUAAACAUGAUGUAAUACCUUACUGUAUGUAUUUUGUGUAUUUAAAGUCUGUUCAUUUCCUCUUUAGUGGUAGCCUAUAGUCCGUACAGGGCCUCUCAGGGAAACAGUUUUAAUACUCAGAGAGCUACCCUGUUUAAAUGAAACGAGUAAAUAAAUACUGUGUUAAUAGUUGUACGUUUCGGCGGGGGUGGAGUGGGGGGGGGGGAGCUACAGCCUCCUCUCCCUCGAUAAUUUGAAAACGAUGUAUGAAAAUAUUUUAUUUGCGGUGGUGGUGGAUGCGGGAUUCUCUGGUGGGCAGGGGAUGGUGUACAUGCUCCAAAUACGCUGACAAAAACAACGACGAUGGAACAACCUUAUCAUCUCUAAAGUGCACGUUGGCGCAUAAAUAUUGUGCACACUUUUAGAAUGUGAUGCUUCAGAUGCAUUCAAUGUAAUUUAAAUCGUGGUUCUUGGUCUAAUGUAACAUCUUUAUUAUUAUGUUAUUUGUAUUUUCUUGAAUAAAUACGAAUAAAUAUUUGAAUAAAAGAUGACAUACAUUUCAUCUUCUAGCAUGAUUGGAAUUGAAACCCUACAGUUUGAUGCAGCUGCGAUGACGUAUCUUAUUUGAAUGUAACAUGAUGUAGAGUAGCGCAGUGUUGUAACAAAUUCAUUUUUUACAUUAGAUUAAAAAAUACAUGUAUUUGUA